CACUUUAUUUACUAUGUAUAGUUACUACGUACCUGCCUUGCAGGUUCGGCUAUAGUUGUGGGUGGUCCUUGCUAUUGUGUGUUUGAAUCAUUCAGUACUUUUCUUACUAACUAGUAUUUUCUGGAUGGAUAAGUGAAUGUAUAAACCUGGAGGAUGAAAUGAAUGUGGAUAAUGUACGGUGAGAGUAGUAUACUAUUUAUCCUUACUGGCCCUGUCCUAUCCUAUCAUAUUGUGUCCCUUCCCCCAUCCAUCCAUUCAUACACACACCCCAACUCCAUUGCUGAAGAAAGAAAAGAAACGCCCAACCAAAGGGAAAUUAGAAUUUAUCAAACGCCAAGGCUAGUCCCUGCCCUGCCCUGCACAGCCCAGUCCGCAAAUACAUGACAUAACAGAUUGUAAUGAACCGAUCACCCCUUCCC